ACAGCUUGUUGGUCGGAAGCACACAACCUGCUACUGGCAAAGCAUCCAAUAUCGGACAAGACUUCGCUCUCCGAAAUUGAUGAUUGAACCGAUUUGUACCUGAGAAGAAAGCAUUUGUAACGUUGCGUCAACCGGGUUAACAAGUCCAUGGCGGCCGCGUUAAGUGUCGCGUUAUGGAGAGUUUACCCCUUACUAACGUUAACUAGACUAAUUCAGCCUGAAGCCAUUACUGUAUAGUGAACUUUUCCAAGCUAUAUCGUACCUUACUGCUCUGUAAAACGGCUUACUGCUCUGUAAAACGGCUGUAAGUGAAAUGACAGUGCUAAUUUACCUCUUGUACUAAUCUAUAAAAUAAUAGGAGUAAUCGGUGACCCAGAGCAGAGCGCUGGUGGGCGAAAGCAACGUUCUAAACACAGAACAUAUAGCGCUAGCAAAGCAACGAUGGGCAUGGCGAGCUGAUCGAUGCCCGACAGAUCCAUUAUAUAAUAACUAAACGGGUGCUCGUGUAUUACUAUUGUACCAUAUAUUGUACGCUUAGUUAGCUGCUUCUGAGUUAACAUACAUGUCCGAUAAUGGGUCUAUUAGCAUUAUGUAUGGUGAGGCGUGGAUUUACCCUUCUAUUAGCUUCAACUAUGGUACCGCUUCAGCAGGACAAACACACCUUUAAACACUUGCUUUGCUUGCUAGCUAAAUGGCUACCAAUGCCAGUCUGAAAGGUAUGUUGUUCACAAUGCUAGUUAACUCUAAUCUAGUUGCUCUAGCAUCCGCUAGCUAGAUGUGCCAUAUGGUUGAGCUGUAAGCAUCGAUUAGUGUGGUCUGAUCGCAGUGGAUUAACUAACGUCUGUUGCCAUCAGCAACUGUCAAAACAUUGUAGUAGCGUUAGUCUAAAUUACAUUACCUGUGAACCUUUGUGCAUAACAUAGCGUGGACUCAAGCUAUUAAACGUGAAGCACCGUGUUUAGUAUGUCCAUUGUAAUGAGUUACAAGUCAUCACUACCAGUGCGUUAUACAAAGUUAACACAGUACACGGUAGCCAGCAUACAGCUACACAUUAGCCUCAUAGAUCCUCAUUUAGACAUGGAUCAUGAGGCUUAAAGCCUCGUUAGUUUUCUUUCCCCGUAGAGACCUCUUACAGUACAAUAUUAAAUUAAUAAAACAUUUACAUAUUCUCUGUUAAGCCUGUAUGUUUGACACAAAAAGCGUGUCAUGUGUGAUAUUACAUUUAUCAUAAUCAUUAAUCCAAUCUUACACCUGUACUAACUCCACUGUUCACUAUUGUUUAUUAAGUAAACAAUAAUUCGUUUCUCUACUGAUAAAGCUGUGUUGUAUGAAUAGGAGCCUGCAGUCAGAGCUUGACAUACAGAAGCAGAAGUGAAGGAACUGCCCAUCAAUGGGCAACCCCACCCCUACAGUUGAUGUACUGUGAGUAAGAAGUGAGUGGACCAGAAAUACUAUAGCCUAUUGCCAUGGAGGACACUCAGCCCAAACCUGCCACUCCGGAACCCACCCGGACCCCGAGUCCAGCACCAAGUCCAGCCCGUAGUCCAGCCCGUAGUCCAGCCCGUAGUCCAACACCGACGCCAGUAUCCCUGCCAACAACCGGCCCACUACUGGACUUAAUUUCUUUGCCUGCAACAAACAAUGUGGAGCACCUAAAUGUGAACCAGAUCCAAGUGGUGGUACGACGUUGUUCUAGUCCAAAUGUCACGGAGGAGACCACCUUUUUUAUCCCACGAAACCCUGCAGUGGAUGCUGCAACAAACACUGACCCGCCCGUGGUCUGCUGCCCCUUGCUCGCUAGAUUUUGCCCAUGUCCCCCAAGAGGACUCCUGGCCUCUCUCGUUACUAAAGUCCUUCUGGCAGGUGUGCUCUUUGGAGUGGUGUGGUCUAUCACCGAGGAUGAGUGUCUUCCAGGGGGAAACCUGUUCGGAAUCACAAUCCUCUUCAUCUGCGCAGUCAUUGGUGGCAAAGUGGUGGCUCUCAUCCGUCUGCCCAAACUUCCGCCAUUCCCACCGCUCCUUGGUAUGCUGCUGAUGGGUUUUUUGCUGAGAAACAUCCCAGUUAUAACAGACGGGGUGUACAUUGACUACAGGUGGUCUGCAUCACUGAGGAACAUCGCUCUGGCUGUCAUUCUGGCCAGAGCUGGUCUGGGUCUGGAUCCCAUGGCUCUGAGGAAACUGAAAGCGGUGUGUUUACGUCUGGCAGCUGGGCCCUGCAUUAUAGAGGCUUGCACCACAGCGCUGAUCUCCCAUUUCCUCAUGGGCCUGCCCUGGGUUUGGGGCUUCAUCCUCGGCUUUGUCCUGGGCGCUGUGUCUCCAGCAGUUGUGGUUCCCUCCAUGCUGCUGCUGCAGAAGGACGGUUACGGCAUGGAGCAGGGCAUCCCCACCCUGCUGAUGGCUGCCGGCAGUUUUGAUGACAUUCUCGCAAUCACAGGGUUCACCACAUGUCUGAGCGUGGCCUUCGCAACAGGCUCCACUUGGUUCAACAUCCUGCGAGGAGUGCUAGAAGUGGGCGGUGGGAUGGUUGCUGGGAUUCUUCUUGGCUUCCUCAUCCAGUACUUUCCCAGUGUGGACCAGAAACACGUAGUAAUGAAGCGAUCCUUCCUGGUGCUGGGUCUGUCCGUCUUUGCCGUGUUUGGCAGCGGUGUGGCAGGGUUUCCGGGCUCUGGAGGCCUCUGCACACUGGUGUUGGCCUUCCUGGCUGGCCUCGGCUGGGGGUCAGAAAAGGCACGUGUGGAGGAAGUGGUGGACUGGGCAUGGGACGUGUUCCAGCCUCUUCUCUUUGGACUGAUUGGAGCAGAAAUUCGUAUCACUGAGUUGGAGGCCUACACAGUUGGUCUGGGUAUAGCCUCUCUGCUCAUUGCCCUGCUAGUUCGAAUACUGUUCACCUUUGUCUGUGUGCUGUGUGCGGGCUUCAACAUGAAGGAAAAAGUGUUCAUUGCCCUCGCAUGGAUGCCCAAAGCCACAGUGCAGGCGGCCAUAGGCUCCACAGCUUUGGACAUGGCCCGGUCGAAGGACGACAAGCUGCUGCAGAAGUACGGCAUGGAUGUGCUGACUGUGGCUGUGCUGGGCAUCCUGCUCACUGCCCCUGUAGGAGCUCUGAUCAUAGGGCUCACUGGACCUCGCCUGCUGCAGAAACCAAAGAACUCUGCCUGUGGUGAGCGAGUCAAACCCAAUGUAUCAGCCUUUUUCUUAGCAGGAGGUGAAGAUGAAAAUGAAUCUCCUGUCACCUAUGAAAGCACACUCUGACAUCACCUGUGUUCAUCCAGUAAGCAGGGACAUUUAAGGAGACUUCCUUGGUGCUGCUUUCACACCUCGGAUAUUUGAGCUUUCCUUUAGCCACCGAGUGGCUCUCUUUUGUCUCUCCAUCUGCCGGUCAGCUCCUGAUGUUUGCCGUGCUGCAGGAACACAUGAAUCACUCUGUAUUUAUAGCCUCUGGUGGUUUCCAGGCCUCGGGCUCAAAACAAAUGACCCACAUCCAAGCGUGUGCACAGUAAUGCUGUAUGAGACUCUGUAAGAGGUGGUUCUGUUUCUGGUCCCCAAUUCACUUUUAAUCAGAUAUAUAUUAGUGUGAGGCAAUGGUUUACAUUUUUGUAAAAGCGGAUAUUAUUUUCUGCCUAUCAUGUUCAAUAAAUCCACUUUUUUCCAUUUGUAUGACUGUAAUGACAUAUCAGUUAACUUGUCACUGUGUUUGGACUUGAACAGGUGGAAAUGCUGUAUUUAAUUAGAAGCCAUUUUCUUUUGAGCGCUACAUAAUUCAAUGCACUGAUGGUAGUAAUAUUGUAUUGUUUUAAAUUACCACAGUCUGUAGGUGUUGUGCUCACAGUACAACAUUCUUAAAGCUAUGUGUUUGUUUUAUUUUUGCGUAUGUUUGAAAGAAUUUGUAUUAGCCGUGUAUUGGUGAUGAGACGGAUUUUGUGUAGUUGACAUACUCAGGAGAAAAAUCUCAAUAAUUCACAACACUUUCCUACGGUUUAAACAAAAUGCUGCAAAACACCCAUCCUCUGCUACAUUUCGCUAUGUUGGUUUCCAUUUUCACAGAUACUCAACCAUUUCCAUACUCAAAACGUUCAUGUAAACCAUACCUUUGAUUGUAA